UAAUACUUUUUCAAAGCCACAGACAGAGAGAGAAAGAGAUACCAAUUCCUUUACCAAUUGGAAAUGUGAAGAAACUUGACCUGUUAUAUUCCCCGUCUUCUUCAUCUCUGCCGUCUCUGUCCACCGGAGCACGGCGUUUCUCUCGCCGGCAAAACCUUCAUUACUCACUUCUUCAAUCGUAAGGUUCAGCAACCACCGGGUAGAUUUUGGAGCUUCUGAUUCAUUCUUAUUCUUUUUGUUGUUGUUUGUCAUGUCGAAUCCAUCUGACGCUGACGGAGAUGGGAGAUUUUCCGACCGGCAGCAGCUGGCGAAGCGGCUGGAGAAAUCGAAUUUUGCUCAGACCUGUAGCCUGUUGAGCCGGUUCUUGAAGGAGAAACGGACUCUCACCAAUUUGAGCUCCGAUAUGGCUCCCAGGAAGAAGCCGAGAGAUGAACUCGAAAAGGCCAAGCCGUCGCCGCCGCCUCCGCCGCCGUCGACCGCGAAUACGGACAAUUCUUCCGACGCUACACUGCAGCCAAAAGAUAACCUGGCGAAGUUCGUCGGAUUUCCUUCCUCGGGGUUCUCCAAUAACGGCAUCAAUAAGGGCGAGUUCAGGAGACCGGCCACACCGGAGCCUGCAACUGCUCAAAUGACCAUAUUCUACGCCGGAAAAGUUUUGGUGUUCGAUGAUUUUCCUAACGAAAGGGCUAAGGAGAUCAUGGCCUUGGCCGAUAAAGGAAGCCGCAGCUCCACCUCCGCCACUGCUCCUCCAGCUGCCAUCGCCCCCUCCGCGACCGCCGCCCCUAACAGAUUCUGUUCUGCUUUGGAAAAACCUAACAGUAAUUCUCCCACCGGCGAGCCAAAUCUGGUGUCCAAAACUCAAGCUUCGGUGAAGCCGGCACCGGAACAGCAACUGAAACCGCAUACGGAAGCAAAAAAAUCUUCUGAUUUACCCAUUGCUAGGAGGGCUUCCCUUCACCGAUUUCUUGAGAAGAGAAAAGACAGGGCUGUAAUAAGAGCACCAUACCAAGUGAACCAACAACCUGAGGCUGCUUCUAAAGCAAGUGGAAGCAGCUCAGCCAAUGAGCCUGAGCCUGAAGCUGAAGCUGAAGAAGGUUUUCCAAGGCAUUUGGAUCUCAACUUAUGACAUGGUUUUGCUUUUACCAUAGGUUAAUUGUUUUAUCUCUCUAAAUUUGGUUGCUAUUUUGUGUUAUAUAUUACACUUAUAGUUCAUUAAUCUCCCACUCUUCCAACAAUUAUGCCUUCCUAACAAAUAUUAUCCCAAUCAUAAUAUGUAUUUUUUUCCCCCCUUAAAGAAAUUUUCGAUGCAAUAUGAAAGAAUAGUUGACCUUAUGCUUA